ACUGUGUGAUAAUUCCGUCAACGUACACAACAACAAUGGCGGAUCACCGCGUUGCUUUAUUGAUGCAGAAUCUCCUUAACAUGUUGGGGCUUCUUCAUCAAAAUCUUCUGCUGCUCCUAUACCACCGUCAGCAUCAAGUAGAGUUGCAGAACAAUAUACGCCGGGUGUUGUUAAGUCUACCGCGAGGAAGAAUCAGAAGGGCGAAAAGACGACGAAGGUUUUGGGUGAAACCUGGCAGGACCAGCUGUUGGUGGGACAACUUUAUUAGUGGCGCCGUUGAGGAGAAUGAAUGGAAGGAUCAUUUUCGCAUGUCCCGGGCGUCUGUUUUAGCCCUGAGCGAAGACCUGCGGCCGUAUAUCGAACGGCAGACCACAGUAAUGAGGGAGCCGGUGAGUUCUUUAAAGAGGGUGGCGUUAACGCUUCAUUAUCUUGUGGACGGAGAAUGUCUACAAAAGACUGCUGACGCCUUCGGUGUGGCUCGGGAGUCCGUAUCCGUCUUUAUGAGGGAGACGUGCAAUGCUAUCGCCAUUCGUCUCGGUCCGAAAUACAUCAAGCUGCCUUUUACUGAACCCGAGGCUGAGGAUCUACUCGUGGGCUUUCACGAUGCCCACGGCAUGCCACAUUGCCUCGGAGCAGUUGACACUACACAUAUUGAAAUCAAGCAGCCUUCUGCCAACGCCAAGGACUACAUCAACUGGAAAGGCAAAUAUACGCUUCAUGUACAAGCCGCCUGCGACUACAAGCACAGAUUCAUGGAUGUUGCGAUCAAAUGGCCUGGGAGUGUGCACAAGGCUCGUGUCUUUGCCAAAUCCAGUUUGAACAUGUCUUUUAAAAGCGGCAAGAUUCCUGCCCUGAAAAAACAGAUUGUGGAUGACGAGGAUGGCAUACCAAUGUUUCUUGUUGCUGACCCUGCCUACCCUCUGCUGCCUUACCUGCUGAAGGAAUAUUCAAACGGUGGCGCCACACCUGAGGAACAGCACUUUGGCCGCUGUUUGUGUAGGGCACAUCAAGUGAUUGAAUGUGCUUUUGCCCGCCUCAAGGCCAGAUUUGCUGCUCUUAAAAAUAAGCCGAUGAACUUAAACUUGAAUGACCUGCCUUGGGUCAUUUACUCCUGCUUUGUCCUUCACAAUUUUUGUGAAGCCAGGAAUGAGACUAUGGAUGAGUACUGCGUUUCAGGAACAAAACAAGGUGAAGACGACUCACAGCCUCCCGUACAGGACAAUGAACAUUUCAUGGAAAGCCAUGAGGGGGAAGGAGACAGAGUAAGAAGAGUGGUUAUGAAGUACCUUCACGCUUAAUGACACUUUUUUUUUUAUUUUUUUUUUUUAAUUAAGAUCCAUUGUACUGUAUUUUUAUCAUGUGUGGAACUUUGUUAUCGUCACUUGUGAAUAUCUGUUCCUGAUUUUUGGAAACUAGCGUGUUGUUGAGUAAUAAUGCAGAUACCAUGGACAUUUUUCACGAGUUGAAAAUUUUUAAAAAAUCAAGGGUCUGUAGUCACUUCUAGACUUUGUAUAUAUAUAUAUAUAUAUAUAUAUAUAUAUAUAUAAAGAAAUAGUAAAGUGUGCUUGAAAAUUUCUGAAUAGACAAAUAGUUACCUCAAGGAUCAAGAAAGUCUUUUUGAAUGUUUUAUUCACUGUGAACCCGUGAAGUCAGAACAUGGACGUUUUCAGCGAUUAAUACACUGAAAAAGUAACCAUAGAAAUUUAGUAAGUUAUGUAACAUACACAAAACAAGUUUAGAACAAAUUAACUUGCAUUUUAUAAUAAUCUGCUUUCACAAUACUGUGGUGUAGACUUCAUAAUUUAUUGACAGGACACGGGGCACCGGGCCAAUAAAUAGGGGGCCUGCAUUGUUAGUGAGGCCGUCAAAGCUGACCGAGUGGAAUCACAGACAAAGAGCUUUUUACGUUGAAAAUUCUUGUGAAUAAACGCUUAAAUCCCUGAAUUCUUUAUAGAUAUGGACGUAAAAGAGUCUAAGCAAAAAAACAUCCAGGUAGGAUUUAUUUUACGUAAAUAUUGCAAACUAUGAGGCUAGUCUGUAAGAAAAUGAUCAGCCGCCAUAUGUAAACAGAGCUUUUUACGUUGAAAAGUCUUGUGAAUAAAUGCUUAAAUUCCAGUGCAGUUAACAUUUAUUUUACGUAACUAUGUCUAAGAAUUGUGCUAGUCUUUUAGCUUUUUGUUGUGAUAAGGGAGCUGCUACAAUGGCUUUUUCCGUUGAAAAUUCUUGUGAAUAAAUGCUUAAAUCCCUGAAUUCCUUAUAGAUAUGGACAUAAAAGAGUCUUGAUUCUUGGUUAAUAGCAAAAAAAAAAACGUGCAGGUAACAUUUAUUUUACGUAAAUAUUGUAAACUAUGAGGCUAGUCUGUAAGGAAAUUAGCAGCCCCCAUAUGUAAACAAAGAGCUUUUUCCGUUGAAAAUUCUUGUGAAUAAAUGCUUAAAUCCCUGAAUUCUUUAUAGAUAUGGACGUAAAACAGUCGAUUCUUGGUUAAAAGCAAAAAAACGUGCAGGUAGGAUUUAUUUUACUUAAAUAUGUCGAAGUGCUAUGCUGUCUUUUACUCAAUGAGGCGUCCAUAUGUAAACAGAGUUUUUCCGCUAAAAAUUCAUGUGAAUAAAUGCUUUAAUCCCUGAAUUAUUUAUAGACAUGGACGUAAAACAGUCUCAAUUCUUGGUUAAAAGACAAAAAAAAAAUUGCAGUUAGCAUUUAUGUUACGUAACUAUGUCUAAGAAUUGUGCUAGUAUCUUAGCUCAUUGUUGUGAUAAGGGGGCUGCUACAAUGGCUUUUUCCGUUGAAAAUUCUUGUGAACAAAUGCUUAAAUCCCUGAAUUCUUUAUAGAUAUGGAUGUAAAACAGUCUCGGUUCUUGGUUAAGAGAGCAGAGAACCGGGCAGUUAGCAUUUAUUUUACGUUAAUGUUGCGAACUAUGAGGCUAGUCUGUAAGGAAAUUCGCAGCCGACAUAUGUAAACAAAGAGCUUUUUCUGUUUAAAAUUCUAGUGAAUAAAUGCUUAAAUCCCUGAAUUCUUUAUAGAUAUGAACGUAAAAGAGUCUCGCUUCUUGAUUAAAAGCGGGGAAAAAAGAAAAAAAACUGGGAUGUUUGCAUGUACUUUACGUAAAUAUGUCGAAGAAUGAUGCUAAUCCGUAGCGGUUAAUUUCUCCCAUUGAUUUUUUUUCACGUUUCAAAAUGCAUGCAUGGUACGAAAGAUAUUCACUGCAUGUGUUGACUCUGUGACUGAAGCAGUCUGUAGGGUGGCCCCCAACUUAAAGGUAUUGCACAGUGAAGGUGGAAUCUGACCCGUCAAUCAUUAUGAAGUCUAUGACUCUGGUCAUAAACCGGUACAGUUUUUAAUAGAUGACAAAACCUAAUGAAGUACACUACACUCUAGUGUGAAAAUACCACUAGUGAAAUUUACUGCAUUAAUGCCAGCCUCCAGGUAGAAAGAAAGAGUAAGGCUCACAUACAAUAAGUAAGUAAGGUAAGUAAUAAGUAAGGCCCCUCAUUUAUAUCGUAGUCUGUAAAUUUAGUUACAACCAAAAUCUCACCCUUUGCAUUUUGAAGCAUUCUUGUAGUAGAUUAAUUAAUUGGUCUAAAUCAGUUUUGGCAAGGUAACAAACCAAAAUAAAGUCCAUGUCUGCUAUGUUAUACCUUUUUUUUUUUUUUUUUUUUUUGCUACACUGCAAAUUUAUAACGUCUUCAUCGGAUAAUUUUUCUUAAAUUUAGCCAAAUAA